AUGGGAAGACCUCGAAAGAACCAUGGAAAAUCUUCUGGAAAACAACCGAAUAAGAAUAAGGAUGCUCUCACUAAGCCUAUUACUCGCGCAUCCUCGAAAAACACUCAAACCCCAUUAAUGGCGGAUGAUGAUGCAAUUUCGGAUGGAGUUGAAUCUGGACAUGACAUUUGUACCCAUUUUUCUUCGAAUUUAAAAUUUGGCGGGAAUGGGGGUAAUGGGUCUAAAAUUGGUCAAUCUCAUAAUGGUGAUCCUGUGAUUAUGUUUUUUGAUGAUAAUGAUGAACAUAUCCAUGCUAAUACUGCUGAAACUGUUGUGAUUGCGUAUUCCCCCGUUCCAUCCCCUGUUACAAUUGAUCUUGAAGAUAUUGAGGAUGAGAUUGCUUACUGGCAGUCAGCUGUUGUGUGCUAUGUGUUGGGUGCAAACCGCCCUCAACAUGUGAUGGAGGGAUUUGUACAUAGAAUCUGUGGGAAAAUGGGGGUGGAGAAGGUUGCUUUGAUUGGGAAAGGUAUAUAUGUUAUUAGAUUCACCACCAUGGAGAACUCUCACAAAAUUCUUCAGGGGAACGCCUACUUUUUUGAUAAAAAACCUUUGAUUGUUAAGCCCUGGUCUGCAGAUGUCAACUAUGCAAAAGACCCUGUGAAGCAAGUUCCAUUAUGGAUUAAACUUCCUGGGUUAGAUGUUAAGUAUUGGGGGGAGAAAAGCUUGUUCAAAAUAGCUGGUCAGGUGGGUAAAGCCAUUAGAGUAGACCAAGCUACUAAGAAUAGGGACAAGUUGAUGUUUGCCAAGAGGAGAGUAUGGGUACCUAAACAACAAGCUAGGGUUGUGAAUGCCCCAACUCAGACACAGGUGGAUGGGUCUACUGUGGCUCAAAAGGAGGGUGCACAUGAUGUGGCUGCUUUUGAUGGUUUUGUGCAGGCCACUUCCUUCAGUAAACAGCAAUGCCAGCGACUGAAACCAGUUAACACAAGGAAUAGCUUCCAGAUUCUCAACAUGGAUGAUUAUGAUGAAGUUGAGACUGUUGUUGAUGAUGAAAUUCUGUUGGACCAGGGGAAAGCAAAGAAAAUUGAAGUGAGGAGAUUCAUUCACACUCACAAAAUUAAACUGGUUAGCCUUCUGGAAACAAAGGUGAAGAGACCUAAAUUAGGUGAUCUUUACUUGAAUGUUUGUCCUGGGUGGAACUUCACCACCAAUGUUACUUAUUCUACCUCUGGUAGAAUUAUUCUGGCCUGGGAUCCUAAUAGCUUCACAGUGAAUAUUGAGUCUAUGAGUAGUCAAUAUAUUCAUUGUUUUAUCACUCCCAAAAGUACUGGCACUGGGUUUUUUGGCACCUUUAUCUAUGGCAUGAAUGAUAUGAAGGAUAGAAUCCCAUUGUGGAAUGCCUUGUGUCAGAUUGCUGACCAUUGCAAUCAACCUUGGGUUAUUAUGGGUGAUUUUAAUGCCCUAAUGGACAUAGAGGACAGAGUUGGUGCACCAGUCAGAAUUAGGGAUAUCCAACCAAUGAGAUCUUGCAUGGCUUAUUGUAAUCAGUUUACCUGGAAUAAUAAACAGGUGGGAGAGGAUAGGGUCCUAUCCAGAAUUGAUAGAGUUCUGGCAACCACAAGUUGGACUGACCUUUUUCGUAAUGUGGAGGCUCACUUCUUACCUGAGGGUAUGUUUUAUAACUGUCCAAUGGUGAUGAAAAGCUACAUUGAUAACCCUAUCAGAAGACCUUUUAGAUUUUAUAAUAUGUGGACUUGUGCAGAUAAGUUCUUUGAGGUGGUCCAUAGUAACUGGCUUAAACAGCAAGCCAAUCUCCAUGCUAACCCUGGUGAUGUUAUUGCUGCUACAGAAGAGAAACAGGCUGCAGAAGCUUACAAAAGUGCACACCAGGUGUACAUGUCCUUCCUACAACGAACUGCCAAGAUCCAGUGGCUAGAAAAGGGAGAUGAGAACUCCAGGCUCUUCCAUCAGGGUAUCAAACAGAGAAGACAGCAGAACACCAUUCAUUCCAUUCAAGAUAUGCAUGGGAAUUGGGUUGGAACACCUGAUGGGGUUAAAAUGGCUUUUUCUCAAUUCUUCAAAGAUUUGUUCUGUAACCAGAUGGAUCAAAGAUGCCAUGUCAACACUGCCAUUAUGAAUAGAGGCCCUAGACUCAAUGAUGUUCAUAAAUCUUUUCUGGACUGUAAUUUCACCAUGGAUGAUAUCAAAGUUGUACUUUGGUCCAUUCCUAACCAUAAGGCACCUGGCCUGGAUGGUUACAACAGUCAAUUUUACAAAGCAACAUGGCAUAUUGUGAAGGAUGAUCUACAUAAAGCCAUAACUGACUUUUUCCAGACAGACAAGAUUCUCAAAGAACUCAAUGUGACUUCCAUCACUUUGAUUCCAAAAGUCUCAGUUCCUGCCUCUGUCAGUGAUUUUAGACCCAUUGCUUGUUGCAAUGUCAUCUAUAAAUGCAUCUCCAAGCUUAUCUGCAUCAAGUUGAGUCAGGACCUCAUCAAAAUGUAUUAUCACUCCCAAACUCAACCUUGUUGCCUAAUGAAGGUGGAUAUUAGGAAAGCUUAUGACACUGUUGAGUGGUCAUUCAUUGAGGAAGUGAUGCUGGACCUUGGUUUUCCCCCUUUCUUUGUCCAACUUAUUAUGACAUGUCUCUCCACCACAAGAUAUUCCAUCAUCAAUGGUGAGCCAACUGACCUUAUCCAGCCAAGAAGAGGGUUAAGACAGGGGGGUCCCCUUUCACCAUUGCUUUUCACUCUUUGCAUGGAGUAUUUCUCAAGAUCCAUGAAAACUGUUGGUGAUUAUACUCAGUUUAAGUUACAUAAGAGAUGUAGAUCCCUUCAGCUGAACCAUUUUAUGCUUUGCUGA